CUGUGAGUUGAAUGGACCGAAAAUAAACAGAAAAUAUCAAACUUGGAAUUUUGGAAUGUUUGGUGUCCCUGAAGGAUUUGUUUUUGUUAUUGUGUUACGAGAAUUGUGAUUUCAACUAGUUAUCAUGGAGGAGACCACUACAAAAUCCUUCAUGCAGCCGAAAACGAUAGCGGAAUUGUUGCCAAGUUUGAGUGGCAUUCUAUCUAAAGAUGCCAUGCAAACACUCACUGCAAAGAAGGCACCUCGACCAACUAUGGCUAUCACUAGGACUACAGAGAAAGCCGUGGUGAGACCUUUAACUAUAGCAGAGAUGAGAGCUGACCUUAUAGCAUUAAGGCCACCAAGAAUGUUUGCUAAGCCAGAAAAUUCUACUAAGAAAAGAAAUUGGAACUCUUCUGUGAAACUCGACUAUAAAACUAAAAGUUGUACUGGCAUGGGACAGCUAAAAGAAAAUCCAGUCAGAAAAACUUUAAAUUUUCAAGCUAAGGCCACACCCAAGACACGGCAGACGAUGAUCAGUCAUGUAUCUGAAACAGUAAAGUUUCAAAAACCUGAGGCAAGACCAAAGAAAGCUGCUGUUACACAAUCAAACCAUGUAAGGAUAAGUGGAAUAUACAAAAUUCAAGAGACUCCUGUGCAAAACAACAAACUUGUCAAAAACAGAAUGAGUAUUGCAAACAAAGAAAACAAUUUUAACAGGAUGAAUCAAAAAGUUAAUGGAAAAAAAGUUAAUGAAACUCCAAAAACUUUUAAACAAAAGAAAAUUAUAAAAGCCAUUACACCACAAACUAAUAUAUCUUUCAAAUCCAAUGAUGAUAGUUUUCUGCAGAAAGAGGCAGAAAUCAAUAAAAUUGAGGAAAAAUCCAGGGCUGUCGCAGAAGAAAGAGUAUUGGAAAAUAUAGCAGAGGUUUCACCACUCGUCUCAACACCCUUCAAAGAGUACAGAAAUUUACAACAGUUCUUUAAUAAUUCAAAUGAAAAUGAAAUGGAUAAUUCAAAUAUUUACAAUGACAAUACAAUAAUGUCAUUUGAUAACAUACCAAAGGGAAAUAAAAGGGACGAAAGUGUGAUUGUCUCUUUAUGUGACUUACUAAAUAAAGCUUCUAUGAACGAAACUCAGAAACAAACUGGAUCAAAUAAUACAGAGUUAAAUGACUUGCUUGAAUUUGAAAAACAGACUCAAGAAAGCAUAAAAAUGAUAGACAGCGGUAUAAAGAUGUUGAUAAACAUUAAGGAAUCACAUAUUAAGUCACUAGAGCAUGUACAAAGAUUGAUUAACGAAAAGAAGAACAACAAUGUUGAUGUUGUAGAAAAAAAGAUUGACAAUAAAGAAAUUGAUAUGGACAAAACUUUGGUUGAAGUAAAUCAGAACUCAGAAACCAUGAAUGAAGAGAGAUUGAGUCUAGAAAUGAGUCCCGUUUGUCGACCAUCUGUUAUCAAAAUGAAGUCACCAUCAUACAAAAUACCGAAAAAGAAUCUGUGUUUGAGGAAAAAAGUUUUUCAUAAGUCAAUGCCGAAUGUUGCCAGUAAGACUCCUACUAAGGAGGCAGACAAAGCGCUAGACAUGUAUUUACAGAUGAAACAGAACAUGAACUUCCUAAACACGCCAGUAGUCAAGCACCAAGCACUGGAGCAGGCCGAUACUCCAGCAGUGACCUCGCAUAAUUUACAGAAACAACUAGACAAACUUUUCAACUGUAGCUAAAAUUCAAAGACUUGUAUGGGUUUAUAGUAUAUUUGAUUAAGAAAUACAGCGUAAACUCUAAGUAACGUCACUGACGGGAACAUGUAUUUUAUGACGUUAUAGAGAGAUGUAAAAUCAAAGAAUUUCCGUCAAUAUGUAACAGUGAUUUUUUCGCUAACCGUAUUUACUGUUUGGAAGUUUAUGAGCAACUGAGAAUAUAAUAACGUUUAGAUACUUUUUAUGUUCAAAAACAGUCUACAUGUGCACAUGGGCGUAGCGAGGUACGCUUACAAGAGCGAUCGGUCGCUAAUGCUCACGAGUUUCAUACCUAUGCUAUACGUGGAGCAGAGAGUUGCGGGAUGAGAGGAGAGGCACUUCAACUUGCAAAAAAUGAGUUUAAAACUUUUUAGCUCAAAGCACGUCUUACCCCUAAGUGUAACUGCAAAAUGUAAUAUGGAAUAUCUUGUCCUGAAUUUUGUGGGUUCAGUCAAUAAAAAGCUUAAAUUACUUAGAUUAAUUUAGACUAUUUUAUUACAAAACGAA